CAGCUGAUUCCUUUCUCAUAUCGCUCUGCUGAGAAAUAUCAAUAGUUUUGCUGGUGGCUUGUUGUUGUUGUUGUUGUUUGGUACAGAACUUAACUCUUCCGGUUACUUUGUGUUUUUUGUUAUAUGUUAUUGUUGAUGCAAUUCGGCUACUCCUCACAUACAGUUUUCCAUAGCAAGCUUAUAGACAUCUUUCAACGUUAAGUGCCAACAUCGAUCCACGCUUGCUGCUUUGCAAAGAAAGCCAUCUCUAAUAACAGAAACUAAUAUACAGAAGUGUGUAGCAUAGAGUUAGUUUAAGGGAAACAUUUUAUGUAAGGGAAUGAGAUCUACAAAGGCCCAUUCACAUGUUAAGUCGUUGUGACUCUGCUGCUGGGGGGCAGGGACUUCGUAAAACCAAAACUGCAAGCCAAGAAACCAACAACAACCAUAUUCCACUUUCUCUCAACACCGAAGAAGACAAAGAUCAACAGGAAGUUUCAAGUUCAGGAUACACUGUACGGCUUCGGCCAAGACCAACCAGGCAAACUGAACAUUACAGGUCUCCCACUUCAAAGAGGAAAAUCCCCUUUAAGGAACUUGGGGUGUCUGUCAAACGCACCGUGUCUGAGCCAGUCACACGUACAUCUGUUGCUGUACGACCGACUCGGACAAGUAUUUUACGAGAACAAAAACUGAAAACCGGAGAUAUUCAAAACAAAAAAUCUGAAUUGCACAAAGCACAAGCAUUGGAUUCAGGCAUUCCUACGAAAAGGCUUCGUUCAGAACAACCUGACCUCCCAGUAAAGACAAGUAAAAGUUUAGAACAAGUACAAACAAAGAAGACUACAAAGAAAAGUGGAAAGUCUGUAAAGCAAAAAUCAAAAGAAGUUGCAAGCAAGUUGUGGUACCCGUUCAUACCACCAGCUGCUUCCUCAGAUUCGGAGGAGGAUAUUUCAUUUCAAGAGGAGCUUGGUAGUAGUUCAUCUACUACUUCCCUUCCCCCAACGAAGCUGGCUUCCAGACAGACGAAGUCAGCUUCAAAUAAAACGAAGGAUAAAUCUUCUGCUGAUCCCACCACAUCCUGUGAGGGAAAAUCCCAAGAAGGAAAAGGUGGUGCGAGACCUAAAGUAACAAGCUCUAAACCGGGCGGUCGGUUCACCCUUGGUAGAUUCAGCAAGUCUGACUCUGCAGUGUCAAGUGACAAAACUGCAUUAAAAGUAAACAAAGAAACCAAAGCAUCUCGUAGUAAUCAGGAACCUACUGAAAGUGGAGUAAGAACCAGAUCUACUUUGACUAAAAUACCAAAGGCUACAAAAACCUCUAAAGGUAAAGCAACAAACAAACGAGACGAAGAGGGCAAAGCAAAGAAUAGGAAACGUUACCAGUCCCCACCAAAUCAUCCACUCUACGCAAGAAAAACUGCAACAAACAACGGCAAAACGGGGUCUUGUGCGAGCACAAGCCGCAGGGGUCGGGGUAAGACGUCAAGUGUGACAUCACGAGAGCAGGAGGACACUCCUCCCCCUCCUGUCAUGUCACAGGAGGCGGAUCAAUCUCCAGAAGAAGCACAACCCGGAUCAGGUGCUGUGGGUAGCAGCGCAUCUGAUAACCAAGGAGCAUCAGGUGGGGCUGAAUCUGCAGCUGCAGGAGCAGGUGGUGCGUUAAAUACUGAUGGAGAUUUUGAUGAACCAGACAUGUCCAGACUACAAGCUUUACUGGAAGCAAGGGGGCUUCCUUCUCACUUUUUUGGCACACUAGGACCCAGGGUGCAACAAAUAUUGCAUAGAUCUGUUAACAAUGGCACAAACUCCAAAGCACAGCAGUUGCUUCAAGGAAUGCAAGCAAAUGGUGAUGAGUCGCGUCAAUUACAAUCCGCCAUUGAAAUGUGCCAACUCCUUGUCAUGGGAAAUGAAGAUACUUUAUCAGGAUUUCCAAUCAAGAUGGUGGUACCUGCUCUCAUUACUUUACUACGGAUGGAACACAACUUUGACAUGAUGAACCACGCGUGUCGUGCGUUGACUUAUAUGAUGGAAGCUUUACCCCGAUCCUCAGCCGUUGUGGUCGAUGCUGUUCCCGUGUUUCUUGAAAAGUUACAAAGCAUUCAGUGCAUGGAUGUAGCUGAGCAAUCUCUCACAGCACUUGAAAUGCUUUCACGUCAGCACGGUUCCUCCAUUCUUCGAGCCAACGGUCUCUCAGCGUGUUUGCUCUACCUUGAUUUUUUUUCACUUCCCGCUCAACGUAAUGCACUCACUGUUGCUGCUAACUGCUGCUUUGUAUCCUCAAGUGAUCAACGUGCUGACUUCAGCAAAUAUUACGGAACCUCUAUCCCGUUGCUUGUUCAAAAGUUGACCCAUCAUGACAAAAAAUGUGUUGAGAGUGUAUGUCUAUGCUUUGCGCGUCUCGUAGACAAUUAUCAUAACGAACCAUCCAUUCUAAAAGUUGUGGCAGAAAAUGGACUUCUGCAAAAUUUUCAAAACAUCCUUGUAGUUACACCGCCAUUGAUUGGCAGUAACACCUUCGUCAUGGUGAUUCGUACCAUGUGCCUUCUGUGCUCCUCGUGCCCCAAUCUCGCCGCGCAGCUCGUGCGAAACAAUAUUGCUGAAACAUUGCGAUACCUUCUGUGUGGAACAGCAUCAGACUCGGAUGAGAUCGAACUUGUUCCUAGAAGUCCGCAAGAACUUUAUGAAAUUACUUCUUUGAUUGGGGAACUAAUGCCACGGUUACCUCGUGACGACCCGAUGUUCAGUGUGGAUCGAUUACUUAAACAAAGUGGACGGGGUUCUGGGGGUGAAACCACAGCUACCUGGCAGUGGAGAACUGAUGAAGGGGUGUGGAAAUCUUACUCCAGGCAUGACAACAGAAUGAUUGAGGAUUCUCAUCGCAACGGUGAUCCAGAGGCCAACCUCCUUGUACAAGGUCGUGUCUAUGUUCUCGACUUCAACGUGAUGCAGCAAGUUAACGAGGAUACUGGUCACGCGAGGGCGAUAAGGAGACAGCCAGAAAAGAAAGACAACAAUAAAUUGCUGGUGAAGACUGAGUCUGAUAGCAGUCUAACAGAUGCUCGAGUGUCUCUUGUUAAGGAAGAUAGCGUGGUGAUCUCGCAGUUCGUACGAUCGUUGUUCACUCUGCUGUAUGAGGUGUAUGGUACUUCUGCGGGUUCACCUGCUGUGCGCCAUAAAUGUUUACGAGCUGUUCAGCGUAUGGUGUAUUAUGCAGAACCUGAGCUUCUGCGAGAUGUUCUCAGAAAUCUCUCAGUUUCGAGCCAUAUUGCCUCCAUGCUAUCAAGCAAUGAUCUCAAGGUUGUAGUUGGAGCAUUACAGAUGGCCAUGAUACUUAUGAACAAACUUCCUGAUGUGUUUGAAGUUUAUUUUACAAGGCAAGGCGUAACACACCAGGUUGAACAGUUAUUAAACCCAGCACACAAAGUUGUUGGAACCAACCAACCGUCACCCCCUGAAGCCCCCGGCACCACCAGCUCAAACACGUCCACCCCUGUAUUCGAAGGUGGCCCCAGCAGUACUGACCCAUCUCCCUCAGACCCGUUGCCUGGACGUUUAUCUGACAUGCUGCGUCGAAAAUAUCCUCCACGUCGCAGUGCAGGAAAGAGGAUGUCCGCAUCUUCACUCGCAUCCACUCCUGAGGACUCCGGUGGAGCACACAGGACACGUGGUAGAUCAAGUGCAUCAUCACCUACAACAGAUCGUGUGAUAUCUCCACCACUUACCAAAGCUAAGGCAUUUGCGGCUGCCAUGUCAACAUAUGAUGGUACCACGGAUACACCAACUGGCCCAAAAUCAAAGUCAAGUGGCGCAAGCGGUCGGUCAUCUGCGACCUCGUUCUUCUACAAUUUAAACCCCACUCGAUGGGGCCGUUCAUCCACCUCGUCAAGUGUGGCUCAACCCUCCGUACUUGGAUCCCCCCAUUCAAUUGGUUCGGUUACAUCUCACUCAUCUACUGGAAGUGGUCGUAUGUCGCGGGAAGGCUUAGCACUUCCUAUACUUAAGAAGAUGACCAGUGUCAAGGAUACAAGCAGAGAGAAAGUGAAGGUGUGGGUUCGUGAACAGGCAAAGUUAUUCUUGGAGCAAUAUUUCUCCGUUGGCAUGACAACUGAUUCACCAAACGAUGAUAAAUCUUCUUCAGUGGAUCAACGCUCGUUGCUUCACCAUCUAACCAGUAUUGCACAAGCUUUAUCUACAUGUGUGGAAAUGAGUGUGGCGUGCAGAAACCUCAAAGCUCUAUGUGACAUAACAAGCACAUCUGACGUGUCAUCAUUUGAGUUGCAACACAGUGGAAUCGUGACCUCGGUUCUACAAUUUUUAACCAAGGAAUCCAAGUUAAACAACAACGAUGAGGAAGAACUUUGCGAGAUGAUCCGUAACUCUUCCAAACGUCGAUCCCUCUGCAUCCCAACUCCUCCGAUGACAACAAGAAGACGAAGCAAAACAGAAUCGAGCGCGACCACCCAGUCACUCAACUUCGAAGAAACCUCCAUCCACUUUGAAGGCGAUCGACCAAAAUCUGCUCCUAGUGAAGAAAUGAAACUCGGACAAACUGAGAAGAAAAUUCGCGAUGAUGCGUUUGAAGCCGACAUCCCGUCGAAGUCAGAUGACAAUCCGGCUGAUGCCUCACAACCUCUAUUUUUAACGUCGCUCGACAGGGAUGACAGACUCCGCAAUUUUCUAAAUGUGUUCACAGGCCUCCCAACCACAGAUUUCUGUGAAGAAGCAAUAUCACUGUCAGAAUUUAACAAUGUGGAACCUCUUCGUAACUUUGUGCAGAAGUUGACUCUCUGUGUCAGCCAGAUGGAACAAUUUCAAGUUAAAUCACAUGACCUACCCAGUGCACCAGGACGGGGAUCUCAAGCUCUUAGUUUCUUUGCAAGACAUCAGUUGAAAUGUCAAUUGCAGCGUCAUCCAGAUUGUAGCAUGUCUAAGCAAUGGCAUGGUGGCCCAGUGCGGGUUGAUCCUCUUGCUUUGGUGCAAGCAAUAGAGAGAUACCUGAUCGCUCGUGGAUACGGAGUGGCAUCCUCGUCUGAUGCUGCAUGGGAGCAAGCUGCAAGACAGGAUGUCCUGAUGUUGAUGGGAGAUGAUGAAUCUGAGGAUGAGAUUGAGGUUGAUAAUGAUGAGGAUGACGAUGAUGAUGACGAGGAAGAUGAUCAGCCAACGUUAUCAACAGCUUCAGCCACAAAAACAGAAUCCACUUCUAACGCUAAGAAACAUCGCCUUGAACUUUAUGUUGGCAAUUAUAAACUGCCCUACAACAUGACUGUAUACCAGGCAGUGAAGCAGUUUAAUGAGGAACAUUGUAGAUCAACCUCCCAGAUGAUGUCUUCGGAUGAGAGGGACACAGAUGAUGAACAUAUUACUAUUGCAAGCACUGGUAUAUGGAAGACAACACAUGUGAUUAGAUAUAAGUUGGUUCCUGACAAUGAAGUAAGUCUAUCAACCUACCAGUGGGAAGAGAUCAUCACACAAAAUCUCCCCCAUACUUUCGAAGAAAAACGAUCCACUCUGGCUUCCACAGAUGGAAACAUCCCAGUAACUAAACGACCAUUGAACCAUUAUCUUAAGAACAAAUUGCCCGAUUCUUUCAUGACAAAUGAUCCAAGCAAAGAGGUCUUAUGCUUGACACGUGUGAUAUUCGGCUUGACACGAUAUUGGCACACACUCUACACACCCAGUAUUCUAUCAACCGAUCGACCGUUGCUCCCAAUAUCGGACUUCGUCAACACAAAACUAUCAGCUAAAUGUAGCCGUCAAUUGCAAGAUCCUCUGAUGAUCAUGACGGGUGAACUUCCCUCCUGGUUGAGUGAGAUUGCUCACGCCUGUCCCUUCGUCCUCCCGUUUGACAUCCGGCAACUUCUCUUCCGGGUCGUCUCUUUUGAUCGGGAUCGAGCAAUGCAACAUCUUCUUGACUCCGGACUCUUAUCGGAUGUAAACACAGCUUCUUCCUCUGCAGGAACAGGAUCACUUAGUCAGGAUUCAAACAACCGUUUUAUGCCAAAGAUUGAGAAGAAAAAGUGUUCAGUCAAGCGCGAAAACCUACUCCAGCAAGCGGAGAAAUUAAUGGCAGACCACGGUCACACUCGUUCAUUACUUGAAGUACAAUAUGAGGGUGAGGUGGGUACAGGGUUGGGUCCCACCCUCGAGUUCUACACCCUUGUCAGCCAUGAACUUCAACGCAGCAACCUCAGUUUGUGGAGGUCUGACGAUAACAGCAACUCUGUUGAUCAAAGUCACAACAUUGAACAAACCUCAGCAAAGAAAAUGCUCAAAAAACUUUCCGAGAUCGUGGAGGAGGAGCAGUUCAACUCUCCUGUUGCUAUGGAGACGAGUUUUGUUCACUCUCCUGUUGGAUUGUACCCUCUUCCAAUCGGCCGGACAUCAAAACUUGGUCCGAUCGCAAAAGCUUGUUCCAAGUUCAGAUUCCUCGGAAGAUUUUUCGCCAAAGCUGUGAUGGAUGGGAGACUAGUUGAUGUUCCCCUCAGCAUGAUAUGUUACAAAUGGUUCCUGAGUCAAGAACACACAAUAACCUGGUUAGACCUUGAGCAAGUCGACCCUGGAAUGUCUCUUACAUUCAACAAACUAAAACGUCUACUACACCAACGACUGACCAUUGAACAACAGCAAUCGGAUGAAAUGGAAGAAAAAAUAAACGCUGUGACAAUGGAUGGAUGUAGACUGGAGGACCUCGGACUUGACUUCCUCCUCCCAGGUUUCCCCAACAUUGAGCUGAUGAAGUCCGGAGCAAAAACCUCUCUCUCAAUCAAUAAUCUUGAUAAAUAUCUCAACUUGAUCGCAUACUGGACACUGAGUGAAGGGGUUCGUCAGCAACUUGAUGCAAUGAGAGAUGGAUUCCAAUCUGUGUUUCCACUUCAAGCAAUUGACUAUUUCUUUCCAGAGGAGUUGGACCAGUUGUUCUGUGGUGCAAGAUACCAGCCUUGGAGUGAAAGGGAGCUCGCCGACUCGUGUCGCACCGACCAUGGUUAUAACCACGACAGCGAAACUGUGAAAACCUUGUUUCGUGUGUUGUCACAAUACGACGCAGCUGAACAACGAGCCUUUUUACAGUUUGUAACCGGAAGUCCACACUUGCCUGUGGGGGGUUUACGUUCUCUGCACCCUCCUCUCACCAUCGUGCGCAAAACCUGCGAGGAGAACAUGACGUCGGACAGCUAUCUUCCGUCGGUGAUGACGUGUGUGAACUACCUAAAGCUGCCUGAAUAUUCGAACGAGUCUGUGAUGCGAGAGCGCUUACAAAAGGCGGCGCAAGAAGGCCAGAAAUCCUUCUUGCUUUCAUAACCACCCACCCAAGUGCUAUCGUAUCCACCAAGUGAUUUUUUUCAAUUUUUGUGUGUUUUUGCCUCCUACGUUCAUCAAACACGGCUGCUUCACCAUACCGCUUGUCCCACUUUCUUUUCACGACUGUUCCUGAUUGUUCUUCGUUCUGUUCGCUCACAACGACGCCAAACCAUAUCACCAUAAUACAAACUAGCUGUUGCAAUUCCACGAUCUCGCCCUAUGCCGUACUGCAAACACCACGUCUGGGAUUUCCCAAACUGAACUCGUAUACCAAGGCAACCUGUAUCCGUGGUGCGUAUCUAUACCAGUGUCGUGAAUCUAUAUUUAUUCUACUUUUCAAUGCGUCGUGUGCAAGAUUUUCCAGUGUAUUGCUUGAACAAUGUUUGAGUCGGAAAGUUGAAUCCGAAGUGGCAUUGAUUCUCUUUAAAGCUUUUUCUCUUUUACCGUCGGCUUGCACAGCACCAGUACACACGUGUCUCUCGUUCUUAAAACGUACCUUUGAGAGUCUCGUUGUAUUAUGUAGAAAGCAUGUGGACCUUUCUUUGCUUCGUAGGACAGCGUUAUGUCGGUUGUUGACCAUGUUUUGUGCGAAAGCUUUAUUACACGCAAUCUGCUGUUCUUGUGCGGUGUUACUUUCAAUUGAAAUCUUGUACCACCUU